AUGCCUGCUUCUAAUCGAUGGAUCAAAACGACCUUGACGAUACUCACGGCCACACUUUUGGUCGCUGAUGCAGCACCGCUACCUCAGUCUUCUGACAUGGGCAGUAGUUCAUUGCGGGACUACGACACGCCAUCUGGUUCAAGCUCGAUGGCUUCUUCGUCGUACGAACCUUCGUAUACGGAUGAGAGUGGUUCUUAUUCAUCAGGGAGCAUACCGCUGUACGGGGAUGAAGAUGAUACUACAUAUCCAAUAGCAGGAUCGCAGUGGGAGUCUGACGCGCAGUUCAGCGAUCUCAGUUCAUUCUCCAUAUCCAAUUUUUCAGCUGGUUCACAGAACAUAGAAGUAAUGGUAGGAUCUCCAUCAGCGCCUUUCCAGGAUCAGAAUGAUAUCUCAACUCAAUCAAUGUCGACCAGUAAUUGGGAUUCUUCGAUAAACUCCCUGCGUGUGACAUACCCUGCUGGAUCGAUGAAUCCGGGGAACAAUCCGAGGGGAGGAUCGACCUUCUACGCUCAUCCGAUCAACAUGCGAAGGGUACAUAAUGCGACAUUAGAGUAUAGUGUGUUCUUCCCUAGAGAUUUCGAUUUUGUAAAAGGCGGGAAAUUACCAGGGCUGUAUGGUGGUCAUUCGGGUUGUGCUGGUGGUGUAGAUGCGAGAGACUGUUUCAGUACCAGAAUGAUGUGGAGAGAGAACGGUCAUGGUGAAUUGUAUCUGUACGCUCCCCGACACCGACAGACUCAGCGAUUGUGUCGAUCUCCACCAUUCUCCGAUUGUAGCACGCCAUAUGGUCUGAGUAUAGGCCGAGGAUCUUGGACUUUCCAAAGGGGCGCUUGGACAGACAUUCGUCAAGAUGUAUGGCUCAAUACACCGGGAAUGAACGACGGUGGUUUCAACAUCUGGAUCAACGGUAAUCUUGUGGUUCACGCCGACGAUGUCUUCUACCGCGAUACUACCGAAACAUGCUUGGCUUCUAUGGGCAACAGUGCUGCUUUAUGGUCUGGAAUGGCACCUUUCAAACGAGAUACUCCGUCAGACGACACAGAUACCUUCAUCACCGAAGAUUGGCUAUCAAUCACGUCGGAUCCUGAAAUUGGCAAUGGGAGCUUGCAAAUCGUACCGUCGGAAGCACCGGCGAUCGCCAAGCCUUCUGAGGCAUCCUCACUGCUGAAGAUGGUGAAAAGAUUGCUUGGUGUGGGCAACAAGGCAAGGAGUCCCCAGUACGAUGACGGGCAUUGGCGAGGAAUCCACGGUUACCCUGGUGAUCCAGGAUAUACAGGUGAACCAAGUACCCAUCAGUGCCAUAUGACCAUGAAGCCCAACCCACCCAAAACGACCAUGAAACCUAGUAAACCCAGACCGAAAACACCCAAAAAAAUCCCUAAGAAGCCCACAAAGCCUAGUAAACCCAAGACAGUCGGUAAAGCCAGUACACUAAGCACAUUGAGUGAUUCCAGUGAUUCCCCUACAUUCAACACACUCAGUGAGCCCAGUACAAUCAGUACACUGGGUGAUUCCCGUAUGAACAGCACAUCCGGUGAACCCGGGACCCUCGGAGCAUCUAGUGCACCUGGCACCAUUAGCACGUUCAGUGUACCCGGUACACCUGGCACGACCAUGACUGCCGCGGAAGAUGACGAUCCUGCGGCGGACGAUGAGCCGGCCGAUGAUCCUCUCGCCGAUGAUCCUCCUGCCGAUGACCCUCCAGCUGAAGAGCCUCCUGCAGAUGAUCCGCCUGCUUCAGCUCCGCCUGUCGAUGAUUCCCCAGCUGCCGAUCCUUCACCACCACCUCCGCCCGUAGCCCCUUCGCCUUCGAAUCCACCUGCUCCUGAAGUCCCUGCCCCUGUACCUCCACCCCCGCCACCACCACCUCCCGCUCCAGAGGCACCAACACCUCCUCUUCCUCCUCCUCCAGCUCCCAAAGCUCCGGGUAUCUUGCUCCCUGUUCCACCUCAUGUUGAAUCGAUAACACGACCCCAUCGACACCCCGAUAACGUAACUUGUGAACGUGGAUUCGUGGGUUUGUUCUUCUCGACUUUCUUCGGAGGUCAUACGGAAACAUGGGCUUCACCAAAGGAACAGAACACGUACUUCCGUAAUUUCCGAAUCCGAAUCAACUCAUAG